UCAUCUUCCUCGAGUGCAUAGUCCUCCCACUGCUCAAGAGUUAAGAGCCAUGGCGUCGUCUCUCUCCGUUCCGUCUCUGAUCAUGGAGGAGGAAGGGCGGUUCGAGGCGGAGGUGGCCGAGGUGGGGGCAUGGUGGAACACGGACAGGUUCAGGCUGACCAAGCGCGCCUACACCGCCCGCGACGUCGUCCUCCUCCGUGGCACGCUCCGCCAGAGCUACGCCUCCGGUGAAAUGGCCAAGAAGCUCUGGCGCACGCUCAAGGCCCACCAGACAGCCGGCACGGCGUCACGCACCUUCGGAGCUCUCGAUCCCGUCCAGGUGACGAUGAUGGCCAAGCAUCUGGACACCAUCUACGUCUCCGGGUGGCAGUGUUCGUCCACGCACACCUCCACCAAUGAGCCGGGGCCGGACCUCGCCGACUACCCCUACGACACGGUGCCCAACAAGGUCGAGCACCUCUUCUUCGCGCAGCAGUACCACGACCGGAAGCAGCAGGAGGCGCGCAUGUCACUUCCCCGCGCCGAGCGCGCGAACGUGCCCUUCGUCGACUUCCUCAAGCCCAUCAUCGCCGACGGCGACACCGGCUUCGGGGGCGCCACGGCCACCGUCAAGCUCUGCAAGCUCUUCGUCGAGCGCGGCGCCGCGGGCGUCCACCUGGAGGACCAGUCCUCCGUGACCAAGAAGUGCGGCCACAUGGCCGGCAAGGUGCUCGUCGCCGUCUCGGAGCACGUGAACCGCCUCGUCGCCGCACGGCUCCAGUUCGACGUCAUGGGCGUCGAGACCGUCCUCGUUGCGCGCACCGACGCCGUCGCCGCCACGCUGAUCCAGACCAACAUCGACGCGCGCGACCACCAGUUCAUCCUCGGCGCCACCAACCCGCGUCUCAAGAACAGGAGCCUCACCGCCGUGCUCUCCGACGCCAUGGCGGCCGGCAAGAACGGCAGAGAGCUCCAGGCCAUCGAGGACGAGUGGACCGCCUCGGCGCAGCUCAAGACAUUCUCCGACUGCGUCAAGGACGCCAUCGCCAGCCUCAGCGCCAACGACCAGGACAAGCAGCGCAAGCUCCAGGAGUGGAGCAACGCCACCAGCUACGACAAGUGCCUAUCCAACGAUCAAGCGCGCGAGGUGGCCGCGAGCCUGGGCGUGGCGUCCGUGUUCUGGGACUGGGACCUGCCGCGAACCAGGGAAGGGUUCUACCGCUUCCAGGGCUCCGUGGCGGCGGCCGUGGUCCGCGGGCGCGCCUUCGCGCCGCACGCCGACAUGCUGUGGAUGGAGACGUCGAGCCCCAACAUCGCUGAGUGCACGGCCUUCGCGCAGGGCGUGAAGGCGGCGUUCCCGGGGACGAUGCUCGCUUACAACCUCUCGCCGUCCUUCAACUGGGACGCGUCCGGCAUGACGGACGCCGGCAUGGCCGCCUUCAUCCCGCACGUCGCGAAGCUCGGCUACGUGUGGCAGUUCAUCACGCUCGCCGGGUUCCACGCCGACGCGCUCGUCACCGACACCUUCGCGCGGGACUUCGCCCGGCGCGGCAUGCUGGCCUACGUGGAGAGGAUCCAGAGGGAGGAGAGGAACAACGGGGUGGAGACGCUGGAGCAUCAGAAGUGGUCGGGAGCAAACUACUAUGACAGGGUGCUCAAGACCGUGCAGGGCGGCAUCUCCUCCACCGCAGCCAUGGGCAAAGGAGUUACUGAAGACCAGUUCUGGACUAAGCCGGGAGCCAAGUCCAGGAUGUGAUGAGCAGUGGAAAAGAAUAACAAUUCCUAAGAAGAAAGAAAUCUCUACAGAAUAUAAUAAAAGUGCAUCAGAUCACAUCAGCUCCCGGAAUUAGAAAAAUUCACAGAUCAAUCUACUACUAUUAUUGGCAUCGGUGGUUGGUUUAACCAUUGUCUAGCUACAU